AGCAACCCCGUCGUCCUCCCCCAACUCGCGCAUUGCCCCCGUUUUCGCCGCGGUGUCCGGGUCUCGACGGUCCUCAGCUCCUUUUGACAUUCCGCCUGUGCCUGCCUGGUCUUUGGUUUUUGUCCACUCUCUCAAACUCUUUCCACUCGCUCAUCUUUUUUUCGGGGAUGCGGUUGGUUUUUGAAUCAAACAACAGGAAUCGCGGGCCACUCCUUGAAAUCAAUUGAAUUUGGAAAAUUCCGUCUGCCAGGUUAGGUUCGGAGAAAGAACCUACUACCUAGAGGUACCUACGGUGGCCGCCCCCGCCGCUCCAGUCCGUCGGCAAUCAAUCACUCAGUCUCAUCACUGCAGUGCGCAUUUGCACUGCACUGCACUGCACUGCACUGCAGUCUGCACCUGCCGCGCUACCAGGGCCCCUGCCCCUCUCAGUGGACAGUGGCUUCCGUCUCUUUCACAGGUCCGUUCUUGUUGCCUUUCUUUCGUUGGUUCCUGCUCGUCCGUCCGUCGUCUCCGUCCCCAGCCAGCCAGUCUGCCACUCAGUUUUGCCGCUCCCAUUUUGUGUGUUCCCGCUCUCUCUCACUCCAGUCGCUGCCUCCCACACACCCACCCACUCCGUCCCAUUCCCACACCCACUCCCACUUUUGCGCCUUUAGUUUCGUACUUUCGGCCGGCCGCUCCCUCUCAAACAAAACCACUUCCGCUCCCUCCUCCACACCCACACUGUCGCUCCUUUCAAUUCCGCUCCCUAUUCUCGUGUGUGCGUGCCCGACAAUUCCCAUCGUUUGACCACAACACAAUCAUUAUCCACGACGACGAUAACGACACCAUCACGCUCACUUGCCCGGUCGCAUCCCGACCCCCGACUUCCGUUCUUGACCAUCGUCCACAAGUCACACUAACCAUCUCGGCCCGCUCCAGCACUGUCGUCGAGUCAUAGUCUUCCGUCGACCGACACCGAUUGGAACAAAGGCAAUGUCCAACCACUCGUGACCUCGACAACCAUCAACAAGGAACACCAAGGGAUUCGCAAACAAAGGGUACAACAGUAGACAAGAAGAAAGGGCCAGCACCGCUCCCUGACAUCAGUCCAUCGAAUUCCGCUUCAUUUACAUUCAAUUUGACACAUAGGAGGCUAAAUCCCCUCUUGUCCUCUCCAACUCUAAGCCGCAAAGGCUCUCAAAGGGUCCUGCGUUCAUUGCGUUUGACCCAACCUCAAGCACAAUUAGCACUCGACGACAACGACAAGAACCCGACGACGACCUGAUUGCUCGACCGUUGCCGUUACCCACGACUUGUCAUCGUCACAUCAAGACCUCGAAGGCCUUCAACCGUACAUCAUGAAGUCGAUAUCGGUACUGGUAACGGCUUUCGCCGCCAACUGCGCCAUUGCGACAGCGCAUCAACCCUUGGGCUCACUAUUCGUCAGAGACGAUCCACCAUGGCCGACAAUUGAAAAACCCGCCUUUCUCCAAAAUACCUACCACGGCUGCUACAACGAUUCAGGCACCUUGAAGCUGUUCACCACACGCAUGAACACUCAACAAAUGAUGAAUUUCGGCAAUGGUCUAGAGAAGGAUCUCGGUGUGUCGAGUGGUCUCUGUUUUCAAUGGUGUAAGGACAACAAGACGACCGUUGCCGCGAUGAGUCAAGGAGAUCAGUGUUGGUGCGGUACCGAAUAUCCGCCGGAGUCGGCCCAGACCGACAUACAAAAUUGCGAUAUCACAUGCUCGGGCUAUAACUUGGAGUAUUGCGGUGGUGCUGAUACGUGGAGCGUCUACAACUUGGGCGUUCCGAAGGUUGCGAACUCAAAGCCUAAGGUUUCGAGCACCAGCGCAGCACCAAGCUCAACUGCUGCGGCCAAGACGUCCAGCAUUUCAAGCGCCGUAUCCGAACCGACUGUCACCACUACUGAAUCAAUCUUGCCCGACGAUUCCAAGAAGGGAAAGAGCAACACGGCCGGAAUUGUGGCAGGCACUGUGGUGGCAGUCGUUGUUGUCUUGUCCGCGGUUGGGGGUGUCUUCCUCUUUAUGCGUCGCAAGCGGAACAAGGAGAUUGAGGAUGAGCAUCGACGCAACGCUGCCGUCAAUGCUUUCGUUGGCAAGCCGCCCAGCACCAGCGAUGGGAUGUCCAUGGCAGACGCCCGCCUCGACCCUGUCCUCGUGCAGAGGAGAUUAAGUGAUGGCAGUAUCGCCGACAACCAAGACUACUCCAGGAGGAUCCUUCGCGUUACAAAUGCAUGAUCAAGUCACCAAUCGACGACAACAAAAAGACUUGCUUGUAUUAUACACUUUCAUCACAUCCGCAUACUCGGCGUUAGGGAAACAUUUCGGCUUAUUACUGGUAGAUCGAUCACACGAACGAAAGCUCCUAGGCAGGCAAUUCUUGGCACGAGAAAAGCGGAUCAUUUGGGCACAAAGUGGGUGUGACUCUUGAGAAUCUGCCAGCCUCAGCGCUAUUCUCUCCUUUACUCCCUUUUAGAUAUCAGCCAGUUCGGUCGUUCCUGAAUGAACGACUCCUCUUUCCGUUGCUUGAGAAUCUGCCUGCCUGGAUGGGCGACGAUUUCGGUUCACCAGCACAAGACAGGAAUGGUUUUCCACCCGCUGGCUUUUACUGAGAUGUUUAGCCGUGGUGUGUUGCGGGAGUAGUUUGACUGGAGCUAAGAAGUUCCCUUCCCACGAGGAAACGGUCUCUCUAGUAAUGCAUUUCCGUACGUUUAGGCACGCAGGACCUAUCCGAUCUUGGAGAGAAAGCUGGCUUUAGACACGGAUAAUGGUACCUCGAUUUCAAGAGUAUACGGCGUUGUAGUUUUACACCAUCCAACUGCUUUUCUUGCCUAAUCUCCCGCUUUUAUAUUGGGAUGGAUACGACGACGAACCGAACGGGUGGGGGAACGUUGCUGCUGGGCACACAAAGUAUAUCAUUCCAUGCUUGCUAUACUUGAGCUGGAUGCGGGCGAGAGGGAAAGAGACGCCAAGUCCUUACACAUCCUUCUUUGGGCGAAGAAGAAAAAAAUGGAAGAUUGUGGUUUCCAGCUCUUGUUUAUGGCACCGUUGCUACAUGGGGCGUGUCGGGUGUGGUUUUUUAGGUUUGCUUGGUUCUUUUUUUUCUAGUUGCUUUAGACAGUAGUUGUUUUAUUUUGAGAUAUCCCCUCCUUUGACAUCGCGCGCUUGACUUGGUUGUACUGUCUUGAUUCCUCUUGCCGUCCUCCAUGCGCAAGAAGGUUUGUCAUCACCAGAAGGCUUUUUAAUAUCUGGUUCCACAUCUCA